AUGUUAUCAGGAAGAUUGGCCAAAUCGAUGCUAUUACUUUCAGAGUAUACAAUUACCUAUGAGCUAGCAAAAGCAGUAAAAGGGAAAGUAGUGGCAGAUUUCUUGGCAGCGCAUCCUGUAAUGGACAAUGAAAACAACAACGACGAUUUUCCCGAUGAGCAGGUUAUGGUAACUGAGUCGCAAAACCCAUGGCAAAUGUAUUUUGAUGGUGCUUCUCGAGCAUCAGGAGCAAGCAUAGGAGUAAUAUUCAUUACUUCUCAGGGUGACCUAUUACCCUAUUCUUUCACAUUGGGUACUGCAUGCACAAAUAACGAAGCUGAAUAUAAAGCUCUCAUCAUUGGGAUGGAAAUAGCUCAGGAAAUGAAGAUAAAAACGUUACAGAUUUUCGGCGAUUCUAAGUUGAUCAUAAAUCAACUAAUAGCCGAGUUUGAAAUAAGAAAGCAAGAGCUCUUGCCAUAUUGUCAAAGAGCACAGCAAUUACUGGAACAAUUUUGUCAUGUCAAAAUCAAACAUGUAUCGUGA